AUGUCAGUCCGCGCCUCUCUAGAUCGAAAAGACGCAAUUGCGCAGAAGAAAUCCGCAGACCAAACUGCCGACCCUGAAAAAAGCGUAUACGAGACAAGAGCUCCAGAGAAUUAUGGCUUCGCGGAUCGUGUGGAUAAUCUCUCGAACGUCGAAGCGUCCAAUGGGUGGUUCAGCAAGGUCACUCGCUUUGCAAGCAAAUUCCACGCUGAAGAAAGAGGUAUCGGACGUGUUGAUGAGGCCGAUCGUGUACAGCAGGGCUUAGUAGAUGCCUUUGCUUUGUGGGCCUCAGCCAAUAUCACUCCGGCAACAUUUGCUACAGGCGCAUUAGGAUCAGUUUUUGGCCUUGGGUUCUGGGACUCUGUCGCCGUCAUUGUGCUUGUCAAUUUCGUUUUCUCGUGGGUGGUUAGAUUUUUCGGGUGCUUAGGAGCAAUCACUGGGUUGCGGACAGUCUCCAUUGGACGUUUUUCGUUCGGCAUCUGGGGCACACGCAUCCUUGUCAUCCUUAACCUGUGUGGUAUGGUCGGGUGGUCGGCAGUCAACAGUAUCGCAGGUGCGCAAGUUUUACACGAGCUCUCUGACGGAAAUUGUCCGCUUUGGGCUGGCAAUCUCAUCAUCGGGGUUAUCACAGCAGUUAUUUGUUUCUUUGGAUACUUUGCAGUCUAUUUGUUUGAGAGAUUCUGCUGGAUUCCACAGCUAAUUGUGUUUAUCUUUCUCGCCGAAUACGGUGCACGCCACUUCGAUGCAUCAGCUGCACCCAUGGGCAGUGGUUCUGCAGAAGCAGCAGACGUCAUGUUAUUUAUUGCUGUCACGUAUGGGGUUGUCAUCGGCUGGGCCGGAUUGUCCCCCGAUUACAACGUGCGCAGGCCGGCAAAUAUCAAUAAGAUGAAGCUCGCCGUAACCAUCUGGGCCGGUAACUUUAUAGGGACUAUCAUCCCCGAGAUUCUGGGUGCUGCGUUCAUGACCGCUGUCGCGGCCGACCCUGCAUUUGCUGCCGCCUAUGACACUAGAGGUUAUGGUGGACUUUGGGGGGAGGCUCUGAGGCCGCUCCACGGUUUCGGAAAGUUCCUCUUGGUGUUGCUCGCUCUUAGUAUUGUGGGCUGCAACUUGACGAACAAUUAUAGUCUGGCUUUUGCCUGCCAGAAUUUCCACCCAAUCAGGCUCAAGUUCCCGCGAUGGCUGUGGACUGCUGUCGGUUCGGCUGUUAUUAUUGCCAUCGCUAUUGGAAAGUACCCUUUGGAUGAUUGGAACAACAUGAAAGUCCUUCCAUAUGGCUUCGCAGGAGUUGCGUUCAUCAUAAUGGCAUUCGUGGGCGCAGUCUUAUCCAUGGAUCAAACGUGGUAUGUCGGAGUGGUAGCAAAGUCCGUGAAGCCAAAUGGAGCCGAGCUUGGCUGGAUAUUCAGCGGAUCGUUUGGUGCUUUAGCAUUCGUAUUCACGAGGUGUCUCGAGAAGAAGUACACUGGAAGAUUCUCUUGUAUGCUAGAGAUUAUCCUAAAGAAAGACUACUACACGGAAUCCACCAUUAUGUCUGCAGACACACAGUUAGUAUCUAUCCAUCAGUCAGGUACGAAUGAUGGAUGGCACGGUCUUAUCAAGUCCGGCGGGGAAUUUGAGCCGGAAGCGGGGAGAUAUCAUCUUUAUAUCGGCCUAUUCUGUCCCUUUGCACAUCGGGUCAACCUCGUCCGCCACAUUAAGGGAUUACAGUCCGCAAUUGACGUAUCCGUAGUCCGCCCAUAUCCCAAAGGCGACUCCAAGGGCUGGCCAGGAUGGAAAUUCCCCGCAAAUGACCAAGAAUACGAGGGUUCGACGGUCGACAAGCUCUUUGGAAGUGAAUAUCUACAUGAGGUAUACUUCAAGGAUGACAAGGACUACAAAGGAAGAUACUCUGUCCCUGUAAUUUGGGAUAAGAAGACCAAUAGAAUAGUAAACAAUGAAAGCGCAGAAAUACUGAGAUGGUUGCCAACGGCAUUCAAUGGCACCUCGGCCAUCUCCUCAGAGCUAGCUACAAUUGAUCUCUACCCCGAACACCUGCGUAAAGAGAUCGAUUUAUUUUCUGAGUGGAUUCAACGUGACGUGAAUACUGGUGUCUACAAGGUCGGCUUUGCUACUACUCAAGAAGACUACGAUAAGGCUGUGAUCCCCGUCUUUGGUGCUCUGAAUCUACUCGAGAAGAUCAUCUACGAAAAAGGUGGACCCUAUGUGCUGGGUGAGCAUCUUACAGAACUUGAUAUACGACUUUAUGCUACUUUGAUCCGGUUUGAUGCGAUCUACGUCCAGCACUUCAAGUGUAACCUUGGGACUAUACGUCAUGACUAUCCUGUACUCAAUGCAUGGUUGACACAUCUAUAUGGGAAAGUCCCUGGAUUCAAGGAGACCACGGAUUUUAAACACAUCAAAGAGAAUUACACGAAAAGCCAUGGUCAAAUCAAUCCUCUGGCUAUCACACCGCGCGGCCCUUUCCCCAAUGUCGAGGACUAUGUGCCACAGAAGCCGACUAGUUACGGAAAAGUAAAGUUGCCGGAGGUCUUGGACUACGAGAAGAAACUGGAAAAUGAGGUAUUCGGAGGAAAUUAGUAUGACAACUCAAGUUUCGGAGGUAUAGAUACUUCGAUGUUGGACAUAGUUAUCAUUCACAUCGAGUUUCGUCUACGUAGUCAACCCUAACUAUGCAUCGUAAAUUUAUCCAUGACAUUGUUACAUAAAAUUAAUCACCUCCAGAUUUAUUCAGACAAACACCUAUUCACUAAUAUACACGUUCAGACAAUCAAGAUUUCAUUUCCUUUGACACGGAUGGCCGCGUAGGCAGACCAGCGAUCUUGUAGAUCGCAUCGAUCGCCUCCAUCUGCGCAAUACUCUCUUCACCUGAAAUCCAGUAAGGCACAUGCUUGCCUCGAACCUUUUCGGUAAACGCUUCGAGCUGAUAACGAU